UUCCCAGAAUCACCGCUCGUCCGGCUCCGCCGGGCGCCUCACCCAUGAGCGCUCCAGCGUCGCUAAUGAAAGUCGUUUAUGAGCCGGGAGGAGCCGGGGCGCUGAGCGAGGGAGCGAGCCGGAGGGAGACCCGGGGGGGCCGCAGCUGAGACCCCCCCCACCAUGGCGGCAGCAGGUUACCCCCAGGCUACUUACCCCUCCGCCCCGUACCCCAGUCCCCACCCCGCCCCCCCAGUCCCCACCCCAGGAUUCAACAUCUACCCCUCCUCCAAUCCGGGUGCGGGGCCGCUGGUCCAGCCCCAGUCCCCGCCCCAGGCGUACGGGGACCCUGCCGCUCAGCAGCCCCACCCGGCCAUCACGCCCUAUCUGCCCGUGUCCACCGGCAUCCCCCCGGGGCUGGAGUAUCUAAUGCAGAUCGACCAGGUUCUGAUCCAGCAGAAAGUGGAGCUGGUGGAAGCCUUCAUCGGCUUCGAGACGGCCAACAAGUACGAGCUGCGGGACGGGCUGGGCCGGCGGCUCUUCGAGGCCGAGGAGCAGAGCGACUGCUGCACCCGCAACUGCUGCGGGUCCCUGCGGCGCCUCCGGCUGAGCGUGGCCGAGCCGGGGGGCCGCCCCGUGCUGCGCCUCCUGCGCCCCCUCAAGUGCGCCACCUGCUGGUGCCCCUGCUGCCUGCAGGAGCUGGAGGUGCAGUGCCCCCCGGGCACCACCAUCGGGCACGUGGUGCAGACCUGGCACCCCUUCACCCCCAAGUUCUCCGUCCAGAACGCCGAGAAGCAGACGGUGCUGCGGGUGCUCGGGCCCUGCUGCGUCUUUCGCUGCGGGGGGGACGUCAACUUCGAGGUGAAGACGAGCGACGAGUCGCGGGGCGUGGGCCGGAUCAGUAAGCAGUGGGGGGGGCUGCUGAAGGAGGUCUUCACCGACACCGACGUCUUCGGCAUCCAGUUCCCCGUGGACCUGGACGUCAAGAUGAAGGCCGUGCUGCUGGGGGCCUGCUUCCUCAUCGAUUACAUGUUCUUCGAGAAAUCAGGCACCACCAGCCAGAGGAGCACGGUGCUGAGCAGCUAGAGGUGUCCGGACUCCCACACGCUGCCACUUACGGGGACCCCCAUCCCGCCGCUAACACCAACAGGGGCCCUCCCAUCCCAUUGCUGACACCAACGAGGGGUCUUUAUGAAUAGGACAGCGUGUUUAUGGCCUUCAGAGCUGGCGUGGGUGUCAGGGCACUGAGACUGUUUGCAGAGGUGGCAAGGAGGCCUGCGGGUGUGGAUGCGUCCCGUGCCGUGGGGCUCGGUGGACAGUGUUGUGUGCACAGCAUGAUGGGGGCUCUUUUGGUUGUAUCUGAAAAACAUCAAGCCCUGGGUCUUCUCCCACCAAGGCAUCUUUAGGACCUUCACCCAGACAGGAAACUCUGGCCUCCAUUGGCCGUCAGAUUCCUGGGGUUUUCAUAUCUCCUGCCCCCCCACCAUGCCGGGAGCCCCUCCCUGUUGGCUGAGGCGGGGGGGGGGGCGUCCCUUCAACACCGAGCCGGUGGUGGCAACAUCCCGAAGCCAAAUCUCUGCCUACUGAUACUUCUCAUUUCUGUAUUUUGUGUAUUUAUCGCU